AUGCUCCGUCAAGUAAAACCUCGCAACGCCCGCUCCAAGCGAGCCCUCGAGAGGCGGGAAGCCAAAGCCGUCGAGAACCCCAAGCAAUGCCUCUUCCUCCGCGGCUCGUCCUGUUCCCAGGUCGUCCAGGACGCCCUCAGCGACCUCCACUCACUCCGUCUCCCGCUCGCCAAGAAAUUCACCAAGAAGAACCCCAUCCACCCCUUCGAGGACGCCACCUCGCUCGAGUUCUUCUCGGAAAAGAACGACGCCUCCCUCCUCGUCUUUGGCAGCAGCCAGAAGAAGCGCCCCCACGCCGUGACCCUGAUCCGCACGUUUGGCUACAAGGUCCUCGACAUGCUGGAGCUGUACCUCGACCCGGAGACGUUCCGGACCAUGGCGCAGUUCAAGAACAAGAAGUUCGCCAUUGGCCUGCGCCCGAUGCUCCUCUUUGCGGGCACGGCGUUUGAGAGCCCCGUCUCGGACGAGUACACUCUGGCAAAGAGCCUGCUGAUCGACUUCUUCAGGGGCGACCCAUCGGACAAGAUUGACGUCGAGGGCCUGCAGUACAUUGUUUCCGUGACGGCCGAGGAUGCUGCGGGCGACGGCGAGGCGAAGCCCGCCAUACACCUACGCGCCUACAUGAUACGGACGAGGCGCAGCGGGCAGAAGCUGCCCCGGGUGGAGGUCGAGGAGAUCGGACCGAGGAUGGACUUUAGGGUCGGCCGUGUCAAGGAGCCCGACGAGUCUAUGUUGAAGGAGGCCAUGAAGAAGGCGCGCGGUCUGGAGGAGCGGACCAAGAAGAACAUCACGACGGACUCCAUGGGCGACAAGAUUGGCAGGGUGCACUUGGGCAAGCAAGACUUGAGCCAGCUGCAGCUGAGGAAGAUGAAGGGCUUGAAAAGAUCGAGAGACGACGGGGAGGAGUUGGUACAAGAUGUAAUUGCGGACGUUGAUACCAAGAGGACAAAGAAUUAG